AUGAGUUUGACUAAUACAUCAAUCAACCAAUUAAGAGAAGAAAAGUUUUUAAUUAUAAUUGUUAAUUUAUACAUAAAAAGUUAAACUAAAUAUCCAAAAGGAAAUACUCUUAAAUUAUAACAAAAAUAAUUAAAAGGCAUUAGACUUAGAACAAAAUCACAAGUACUGCAUUACACACUCGAAAUUAUUAUUUUUUUUGAAGAAAUACAAUACAGACAACCAACAAUUUCAAAUAAUACAAAAAUUAAUAAAAAUAUAGAUAAUUAUUCAAACACAUUUACAAAGAAAGAAAUACACACAUAUAUUUAUAAAUAACUUAUGAUAGAAGAGAAUUUAAUCUCCAACUUUGAGAUAUCAAAAGAGGAUGAUUUUGGCAUGGCUAACAAUAACAGCUAGCAAAAUACAAGGGAAAAAAGAAUUUCUAAAAUGAAUACACAUGAACCUACAACAAAUUAUUCAUAAAUGAAGCGAGAUACUCUUGCAGCAUUAAAUCUUGGAGAUGAUGAUAAUAAUAAUAAAAUUUCUAAUAGCAAUGUUGACACAAUUAAUCAUAAAUAUAGAAAAACAUUAACAUCUGGAUCAUUAGAAUCUAAUAUUUAUAUUAAAGGAAAUCUCGUUUUUGCAAAUGCUGCUGGGGGAAGUAAUGCUUCUACACCAAGAAGAUAUGUAAGCGGUGAAUAAGACUAUCAAAAAGUUGCAUGUCCUUCUCCUCUUAAGCCUGUAUAUUCUAAGGAGGCUUUAGCUAAAUUAUAGGGGAAAAAGCUUACUGAGCUAAGAGAGAAUGAACACUUAGAAGAAAGUACCGAUGAAAAAAUACAUGAUAAUUAGAGUCAUAGCGAAAGUGGUUCUUAAAAUAGCAAUAGAGCAAUAGAUAGUCCUUAGUAGUCUGCUUAAGCUAAUUUACCAGUUCUUUAAUAUGAAUAAAACUCUUCAAAUUAAGUUGAAGUUAGUCAAAAUGAGAGCUUUUUGCAUGUAAAUAGAUCAAAUAUAAAAAGUAGAUUCUCAAAAAAUAGAGUUAGUGUUUCAGCCUUUAAGAAAGAAAAUAGUUUUUCUAAUCCAGAUCAAGAUAAUAAUAGUGAACAUGACAAUUAGAAUUCCCCUUAGUCAUUAGAAUAUAUAUAACCAGGUACUUAAGUAGUGCUUAUUCAAUCUCAUUAGCAGCUUCCUGUAUUGUAAGAAAAGAUGCUAAAAAAAAAUAGUUAGUAAGAGCUUACAGGUAAUGAAGUUGAUAAGGUAAAAUUUUUAACUCCUGCUCAACGAAGAAAGUCCUAAUUGAAUAAAAUGGAAGUAAAAUAAUUUUAAACAUUAGCUGAAAAAAAGAAAGGUGAAUUGACUGCUUAAGAACCUUAAAGUCCAUUAUCUGCUAAAGAAAAAUUUAAAAUUAUAGGUACAGUUGCAAGAACUUUAACAAGAUUAUAAACAAACUAGGUCAGUAGAAUAGAAUCAACGGAAUAACUUGAAGCAGAGAUUCACUCUUUGAAAAAGAAGGUCUCUUAAAAUAAAGAGUCUGAAAUAGAAAAUUAAAAUAAUAAUCCUGCCAAAAACAAUGAUGUAAACAAUGCUUUUAACAUGGUUAGAAUGGUAGAAAUGAUUUGCGAGUUUUCUGAGAGAGGACACCCUGAAGAUAUUAAAAACAUAAUAGAUAUUCUGUAAAAAGAUCCAAAAAGAUAUUUGAGGUCUCCUGAUGAUCCUUAGCAUUUACUUAAUAAAUUCAAUUCUAAGAGUUAAAAUGCAUCCUACUUAGCUUGCAAAAACGGAAACUUAAAUAUAGUAUAAUUUUUGGUCAAAUAAGAAAGCAACUUUAACAUGAAAUCAAAAAUUGGGGGUGAAAUAGAAGAUUAUCCAUUGUAAGUAGCAGUCAGAUGGAAUCACAAGGAAGUAGUUGACUUUCUCUUAAACCAAAGAGUAAUUAAAAUCUCCCAGCAAUAAAUAGAAGCUGCCUAUAGAGAAGCUAAGUAAAACAAAGAGAUCAGAAGAAUCCUUUCUCUUCAUCUUAAGAAAAAACCUUUCUUCCUUUGUUGCUGA